UACUGCCACGAUGGCAUACCUCACAAGACAAAAAUCCCAAGGAAGCCAGAAGGCGUGGGUGCCGAACUAAAAGCUAUCGCUGAUGGUGAUUCGGGUGUGCUGUUGGGGUUAGAUUUGAUGGAGGGAGCCGAGCGUCAACGCCAGAAGCCAUACCACGCGUUGUUUGGUGAGGGUUCAGCGAUUGUUCUGCGGUUUUCUGAAGUUUAUAAAGGUAGCGGGCGCACCGUUGUUGCAGACAGCGCUUUUGCUUCGGUUAAUACCCUUGUGCAACUUGAAAAUCUUUGCGGUCUUUACUUUAUGGGAAUGGUCAAAACAGCGUCUCGCGAGUAUCCAAAAAAGUAUAUGACAGAG